AUGCCAGUCGGAAAUGGCGAUGAAAGUGAUGAAAUAUCUGAAUGCGUUUUAAAACUGUCCGCAAAAUAUUUCGUCGAGAAAAAAGCUUUGAGCGGCAGCAUUGUAAUUAUAGCUAUCAAUUCCAGAGAAUUCACUAAGAGGUAUUUGCUACAAACCAUCCACAACGGUAUCAAGUACUCCAUUAUGGUAAAAACCCCGUAUCAACCCCACGCGAACGCUUCUCACUUCCGCGAAAAAGCAAAAAACUACAUGAUGAUGCUCGAAAACAAAUUCGACUUACGAAAUCACAUCUCGCUCCUUCGAAAGCUGCCCACUUGGAACCCUUUCGCAAAAACCAUCGUUCUGUAUGAAAAACAGCAGGACGAAGAUAAUGAAAAACUCUCAAUGUCAUUCAUAAACGAAUUACACGCCUCCAAGUUGCUGAGAACCAUCGUCCUCAUUUAUUCUCCAUUAGACGACGAAAUAAUAUCUUACUCUUGGAAUCCGUACAGCGAAACCAAUUGCGGUGGCGAAUGUGAAUAUGUAUACAUUUUGGACAGAUGUAAAGAUAAUCUAAUAAGCCAGAUAGAAGUUCAAAGGGAAAUGUUUCCAUUAGACUUAAAAGGAUGCCCCCUAUUAACGUAUGCCGUUAUCUCCGAGCCUUACGUGAUGCCGCCUGUGAGGAAACUGACAAGUGAAUUAUGGGACGACGCGCACGAGUUCGAGAAAGGAGGCGAGAUUAGUCUCGUGAAAAUCAUAAGUCAAUUUACGAAUAUGACACUCGUCACGCGGACGUCGGAGAGAGAAGAGAAUUGGGGAGUGAUCUACCCCAACGGAACGGCGACCGGGGCCUAUAGCUUACUACGGAACGAUUCCGUCGAUCUCGUCAUCGGUAAUAUCGAAGUGACACGGACGAUUCGCAAAUGGUUCGACCCAACCGUCAGUUAUACGCAGGACGAGAUGACGUGGUGCGUUACCCGCGCCGGUAAAGCGGCCACUUGGGACAACGUGGUGACGAUUUUUCAGCUGUCGACGUGGCUGGCUACGUUUGGGUGUCUGUUCGGCAUGAGUCUGCUGUUGCACUACAUGAAUUACAAGGAAAACAGCGGAGUGUCGAAGUGGCCGACCGAUUCGAUACUGAAAUCGUUCGGCAUGCUGCUCGGCUGGAGCGUAACUCUCGAGGCCCGCUCGGCCACGUUUAGAAUUCUGAUGUUCGUCUGGCUCUGUUUCAGCAUCAACAUGGGGAUUUCGUACGUAUCUUUCCUGAGAAGCUUCCUAAUGCACCCGCGCUUCGAGAAGCAAAUAAGUAACGAGGCGGAUCUCAUCCGAUCCGGCAUUCCUCUGGGGGGCAGAGAGAUUUACCGAUCCUAUUUUGAGACUAAUAACGCGAGCUCAUUUUAUUUGUAUCGCAAAUAUAACUCGACAUCGUUCGCGGCGGGAAUCCGGCGAGUGGCUUACGAGAGAAACUUCGCAGUCGUAGCUUCGAGGAGGCAGGCGACUUACCUGGACCGAGUGUUGGGAAAAGGGGAAUCGUCGAUUUACUGUUUCCCGGAGAGCGAUAAUCUAUAUAAGUACGGCGUCGCUUUGUUGGCCAGGGAAUGGUAUCCCUUGUUGGAGAGGUUCAAUAAUAUUAUCCGCAGUGUUUCGGAGAACGGACUGAUAAAGAAGUGGAGUGAAGAGCUGUUUAUCCGCACGAAGGGCGGCGAAGGGACGAGUACCAUUGUGCCGCUGGGCAUGCAGCAUUUGUUGGGGGCAUUUUUAUUGAUUGGAGUGCUACACCUCGUUUGUUGUAUUGUGUUUAUCGGCGAAUUAGUAUUGGCCUACUUCGCCAAGAAAAAGGUUCACGAAACGGCCCCGGGAUCCCAUCGAAAACUGUAUUAUUACUAA